AUGCUUCAGCAUGCCAGGGCAGAGCUCAGGAGAGACCCAAAACAAGCAGGAGGGGAAGCAGCCCCGUUCAGUCCAAUUUCAGCCAGGGAGACUAAAAACCAACUCAAUACAGUGCAGGCAGCAGCUGAAGGAGCAAGACCCAGCAAAUGGACUAAACAAGGUUGUGGAGUAACUAAUAGACCUCAAAUUGAUGGCAAGAUCUUGAGGCUCCUGCAGGAGCUCCACAAGGAGGAGGAAAUGCUGCUGUGGGUGAAGGUGGCUCUGUAGGACCAGCUUAAUUGACUCAAGGUUGAAGAACUGGCGCUUCAGUCAAUUAUUAGCUCCAGAGAGGGGGAUGGAAUGACCCAUUCUUCUCCUUUAAUGGAGGAACCAGAAAAUAUCUUGAUGCAGGUAGACAAUGAAUCUUCCAUCCAUCAAACUGAAUUACAGCUAAGCACAAGAAACCAUGCUCAAGAAGAAGAAGAGGAGCAGGAAGAAGAGGAAGAAUCAGAUUCCUAA